AUGGUCUCAGAAACACCUCCCCAAACCCCCGAGGCUGAAGCCUUUAUUCAGCGCGUACUCUCCCUCCCCCCCGGCAGCGCUCGCCUCGACGAGGCACUCCGGCCCUCCAUCGAUGACGAGAGCGCACUGCGGCGUCUGUUCGCCACGGACAAGGCCCACGCACGUUUGUACGAUCCUUACGUCGGGCUCGUGGACGUUUUCGCCGCGCCAGCCGCGCUGCGCACGACGCGCGCGCGCAUCGUCUCGUCGCCUUCCGAUCUAAGCGCGCGCUACGCGAUGCCGUUGGCGGACGCCCAGCGCCGUGCGGACGCUUGUGGACUGGAACAACGUCGUCGCGGCGGGCGGGUCGGUGCUCGCGUGUCUGGCGCCCCUGCCAGAGAGCGCGGGGUGUCGAAGCGCGCCAUGCGCAAGUACUUCCACUCUGCUGCGUACCCGACGUCAGAUGUGGAUCUUUUCUUGUGGGGGUUGACCACUGAGCAGGCUGAGAAGAAGAUCGUGCAAAUAUACGAAGCCGUACGCGAUUCAGUUCCGUGGGAUGUCACCUGUGUCCGUACGAAACACACCAUCUCGAUCCACUCUCAGUACCCGUACCGUUCCGUGCAGAUUGUGCUGCGACUGUAUUCCAGCCCAGCCGAGAUCCUCGCAGGCUUCGACAUCGACGCGCCGUGUUGUCUGUAUGAUGGGACCCGCGUCCUUGCAAACCCCCGUGCCAUCGUGGCCUCCAUGCGGCAAUGCAACACCGUCGAUAUGACCCGGCGCUCGCCGUCAUACGAAGUGCGGCUGGCGAAGUACGCUGCGCGCGGGUUCGAGGUGUCCAUUCCGAGCUUGUCGCGCGAGGACAUCGACCCGACGAUCUUCGAACGCUCGAUUGUGCGUGUGACGGGGCUCGCGCGGCUGCUGGUGCUCGAGAAAUUGACGAGCGUCGAGUCGCGCGAUGCGUUCCUGCAGGCGAGGAGGACGUUGCGGGGCCGGCCGAAUGCGAACUCCGCGUACAGUCGCCGCAUGAAGCGCAAAUUCAAGGGUGAUCUGAAGCAGGACUCGUCGCUCGUAGGGAUGGAGAUGAACGACUACGAUGUGGCGUCGCUGCACAUCCCGUACGGACCGGGUUGGGAUGCGAGGAGGAUCGACAAGUUGGAUCUAGGCAUGAAUUCUACGUUCAAUCCCAAGAACAAGGGUCGCAGACUGCACCGUCAUCCAGCCUACUUUGGGACCAUCGAAGAAUGCAUGGAGGAUUGCUGCGAGCACUGUCCUGAGCCCAUCGAUGCGGACGAGCGCGCGUUGCAAGCCGAGGAGGAUGCCAACUACAUCCGAGGCCGCAUUGCGUUUAUCAAAGAAGACCCUGGCCGGCAGACGCUCUCUGGGAGCUUCAACCCAAUCGAUGUCGGCGAGUGGAGUGCCCAAGUCUACAUCGGUCCGACCGAGCGCUUCUUCGGAGCCAUCGCUCGUGGGGAUCAGGUUCUGGUCCAGAAGAUGCUUGCGGACGAAGCGUACGAUGUCCAGCGCCGAGACCAUGUUGGACGUUCUCCGUUGCAAUUUGCUAUCAUGUGCAAGCAAACGCGAGUUGCGUGUGAUCUUAUCGAUGCCGGAGCGAGGAUGACCGCCCGGCUGGUUGAUGGGCGCACAUCGUUGCAUCUUGCGGCGCAGUUCGGAUUGGUGGAGGUGUUGAGGAAGCUGCUCGAGCGCAGCCAUGAAAACGCGAAGCAGGUCCCGAGCAAAGCCGGCGAGGACAAAGACGCAACUGAAGCUGCCUCUGGGGCGGAGAAGCAGAGGAUGUCAUCUGAGGAUGACUGGAGCUCGGAAGAAGACGAUGUAAGCAUGGAAGAUGAAGACGAUGUGGACAUGGAAGAUGAAGAUGAACCAGUCUCGGGGGAAGAGGAUGAAGCGGCUUCUGCCAAAGAGAAACUCGCCACCGAAACUGGCACAGCUGAUCUUCCCGACGACGUGACGGACGAGCCCGAUGUGUUCGAAAUCGAUGUCCCCGAUUGGGACCUCGGCUAUACUCCGCUGGGUCACGGCAUCGUCGCAGGAUCGCUCGAGGCUGUCGAUGAGCUCCUCAAAGCGGGCGCGGACAUCAAUUUCGUGUCGCAGGCCAAGAACCGACACGGAGGCCAGUCGCUGGCCGAUCUGCCGCUGAGUCUCACGAUCAUUCCGCUUGAGUCUGCGCAGGUGUGCGCUAUCGCCGAAGCGCUGAUCAAGGCCGGCGCGUCUUGUUCUGCGGCUGAUCCCGACGGCUGGACGAUCUUCCACCGAGCGGUUGCUGCGAACCGGCCGAAUCUCGUUGCCACCUUCCUGCGGUGCGAUCCCAAUGCGAAGAGCGCAGCACUGGAUUAUCCGACUGUCGGAUAUUCCGGGGCGACUGUGCCGCUCGUGACUGCCGUCUCCAAGGGCUAUUAUGCCGUCGUGACCGUUCUGGUUGCAUAUGCAGCCAAGAUGGUUCCCGAGGAGGAGGUCUUGCACAGGGCGUUUUCUGUCAGCCGAUACUCGUACGUCUCGGAUAAAUCAGCCAACAAUCCGCUCGAAGUCGCUCUGGCCCGGCACGAUGAUGUGUUCCGGCUUCUCGUUGAGCUCGGUGCCGACUACAAUGUCGCGGUCGCAUACGGGAAAGACCGGCCCGACGACCGGCGGACCGUGGUGGAGUGGUUGCAAUAUGCCGCGACACAGGCUGACGUGAAUAUCGCUGACAUGGAACGUCAGCUUUCGAGCGACGCCGAUCUUGCCGAAGAAGACGCAGCCAGACAAGGAUGGGCUGAGUUCCUGGUGAAGGACAGCUAUAACCAAAAGGUCAAGGCUGCGAAACUGGCGGCUGGCAGGACCGAUGUUCCGUGGCAGGAGAGAACGCGACUGGAAUGGGUUGACGCUAAAGGGUACUACCAGGACAUGGCGUCGUUCCUAAUCGAGCGAAACGCCAAGACCUGGGCCGAGGUGUAUCCCGAUCUGGUCAGCACUGCGGGGGAGGCUCUGGGCUCUGGCGCGACGUCGGCCCAGGAGAGGAGACAACGGAAGUUGCUGAAGCAUGGCAUGACGGUCGACGAGAAGCAGUCGCGUUAUCUCUUGAUGACCGAUCUGUGGGGUACCUCGCCGGUGCCUGCAUUCCAGGAAACGCUGUACGACGAGCUCUUUGAGGCUGCUUUCGGGGGCGACAACCGCAAGAUCGAGGCGCUGUGCUCCAAGCCUGAUCCCGCCGUGGGAAAGUCGCUCCUCCAGGUGGCGGUGUUUGUGGCUGACGGCAGCAAUCGGUACAUUCGCACGGGGUUGACACCGGUGUACGCUGCAAUCGCGGGACGCAAAUGGGAGACAGCGAGGCUGCUGAUGGCGAUCGCUGCAGCGCAGUACAAGCCAAACGAAGCUAAAGCAAGGUUCAGCACAUCGGGCAUGGACAUCGAUGACUCGGAUGAUUCGGACAACGAGUCGGAUGCAUCGGACGAUACUAUCGAGCAGGACACAAUCAACUUUAUCGACAUUGCCAACCGGGCCUCCCCGAUCCGCUGCAAAGUCCAUCCUACGGAACUGAUUAACUCGGGCAACCGUGAUCCUUUUUCAGAGGCCAUCGACGAAAACGACCUGACUCCGGAGCUGCCGAUACAUCUGAUGGCGCUUGUCAUCGGGCAGGACCGCGUUGAGAUGCUCGACGAGCUGAUGCGGAGGACCGGAAGGGGCAUCGAGCAUGCUUUGAUGGCUCAUCGGGAUAAGCUGGCAGAGGCUGAGGAGGAAGACGUCCCUGCUGUGAACGACAAGAACCGGAUCUAUCUGGGUCUCAAUGUGCAUGGCAAGAAGCGCGCUGACCUGGCGAAACGCAACGACCCGGAUGCAGACGGGAGCGGCAGCGACAGUCGCGCUGGUGUACCUUUGCUGUGGCUGGCCAUCCAGUCGGGCAAGACGAGGACCGUCGAAUAUCUUUUCAGCCAGCCUCAAGCGCAUUGGGGCGGCGAAGCUCGAGGAGAUGCUGCCGGUCUGGCUGGGUGGACCAUCACGAGCAUGGGCGAGAGCCCGAUCGUGCCGGCGCUGCUGAAUAGCGAGUUGGACAUCCUCAAGUCGUUGUUCAAGAUGAGCCCGGUUCUGAUGAAAGAGAGUUUGCGCCAGCGACUCCGGUUCUUUGGCAUGGAUUUGCUGUCUCUCGCUGUGCAGUUGGACUGCAAGCCCGAGAUGAUUGAUUUCCUGCUGGCCAAAGGUGUGACGGCCGUUGAGAAAGAUAGUGUCCGGCGCUGGAAUAUCUUCCACCACGUUGUGAACAAGGACAACGACAAGCUGCUCGUGCAUCUACUUGAGAAACUGCCGCGGGACAUGGUGACGACCUUGUUGGCUCAGCCGUCGCAUGGUCGGCUCAAUACACCCCUCCACAUUGCAGCCAAGACCGCAUCCUCCAAAUGCGUCAAAGCGCUGCUCGAGUUUUCCUCGGCUCCAGAACUGAGUCGUGCGGAAAAGACGAGGCUGCUGUUAGAUGCCGCGCCGCAGAGUGUGCUGAUCGAAAACGGCGUGGGCGAGACUGCGCUGGAGGUUGCGUCGCUGAAGCAGCUGCAAAGUCUGAUCCAGCACGUCGAGAGCUGCGUCCACGGCAGCAGGGCGAGUGGCGUACAGCAGGCGACCAACAGCCCGGUCAGAUUCGAUGUGAUUCCUUUGAAAACAGAGCUGGCUCGGCUGCAGGGCGUCGCUGAUAAUCUGCUCGGACAAGGCGUGCUGGACCGGGCCAUCGGGGACAAGAUUCUCGGCUUUAAGAAAUACACCGGAGACGCCUUGAUCGCUUUGAAGGACUCGGAUGUUGCCGAAGAAGAAACUGCAGAUCCUGCGACGACACUAGUUCAUGUGCAGGAUGCUCAGGCCAAGGUGUCCGGGCCGAGGGAGUUGGUUCACACGGUCGACGUGCAGGCAUCGGUGCAGUUCAGUCUUGCUGUCAAACCAAGCGGUGACAGCGACGACGAGGAUGAUAACAAUGGAUAUCGGUACCGCCGCAGAGUUGCGAAAGGGAAGGUUGAUGGCGGACUGGAGGCGGAGGCGGACGACUGGGAGGAACGCGCGAAGCGGAGGGAGAUGUACAUUUACUCGCGACUGCAACCCCUCCUGCCCUCAACCACCACCAUGUCUGUACUCGCACUCGCUCUUUCACUCGCGGCUGCGGUGUCCAGCACCCCGCUGUCGACGUCUCCCUACUACAGCGCGCCACAGCGCACCCCGCUGUCGCUUGCGCCGCUAUCAGAGAGCCACGUCUACGGGACACUGAACAACUCUUACAUUGUGGUGCUCAAGCCCGGCACGCCGUCAGCCAUUAUGCAGAACCACUUCACGUUCCUGCAGAGUGCGCACGAGGCCGCCCCGCUCACCGACGACACCUUUGCGAUUAGCCAUGUCUAUGACCACAUUAACGGCUAUGCCGGGCGCUUCUCCGCGCCGGUCGUCGAGCAUCUGCGCUCCCUGCCCGAGGUCGACUUCAUUGAGCGCGACCAGAUUGUGCGCACGCAGGAGGUCGUUACGCAGCGAUCCGCGCCCUGGGGUCUCGCCCGUAUCAGCCACCGUAAGAAACUCGGCCUUGGCACAUUUACGCGGUACGCGUACGAGGAGUCGGGCGGAGAGGGUGUUGACGUCUACGUCAUCGAUACCGGAACCAUCGCUUCGACCAAGUAUGGCGUAGCGAAGAAGGCGAACGUGAUCGCUGUCAAGGUCCUCGGCUCAAACGGAUCCGGCUCAAUGUCCGAUGUUGUGGGUGGUGUUGCGUUUGCGACCGAAGCUGCUACCGCCAAGGCCGAACAGGCCAAGGCUGAGCUCAAGGCAACCGGCAAGACCUCGCACAAGGGCUCGGUCGCGAACAUGAGUCUCGGUGGUGGCAAGUCGACCGCUCUUGACCGAGCUGUGGAUGCCGCCGUUGACAAGGGUCUGCACUUUGCCGUUGCUGCCGGUAACGACAACCGUGACGCUUGCAACUACUCUCCUGCUGCGGCUGUGAAGGCGAUCACUGUCGGUGCCUCGACCUCGGCGACGAGCGUGCUUACUUCUCCAACCACGGUGAAUGUGUUGACGUGUUCGCUCCGGGCUUGA